UAUCCGUAAAACGAGUUUCAAAGAGAAAAAGUGAGACCGACCAUGGUGUUUGGUUGGAACUUGCAAGAGAUCCAAUUGAACCAAAUCUGCAGUGCUCCAGUGCUUGGUGCUUGGUGCCUAGACUACUAGUAGUUUGCUUCCUCCAAUACGUAGUAUAGAUAGCUUGCUUUGGAAGCAAGUGGAGUAUUGUGACUGUCCCAGUCUACUCUAGUAGUGAUCCUUAGUCAGGUCCGAAUUUUUGGUUUGAAUCUAUCUGUCACAUACAAGGCAUUCCGGAGAGUGUUCCGUGUUGUGAUCCGGUUUGCCCGUCACGAUUUGAGUGUUUCAACUGCUAUUAUUAGGCAUACAUACAGUACAUGAGGGAGGAGUGAUCAUCAUGCCGGACGACAGCGAUAUCAAAGUCCCACCACCUCCCAGUUUCACUGACAUUAUAGCUUGCGGAAGCGUUAGCAGCACGCCUCGAGGUCCCUUUGUCUUUCAAGACUCUCCUCGAUCCGAUCAAAGUAGAUCUACUAGUAGUGGCUACAAUAAGAAAGGAUCCCACAGCAUCUUUACUACUACCAAACGGGACACUAGUACUGCGGAAGACAGCUUGGAACACCAACACAGCUUUUUACCUCGUGGACGAUCCAACAAUUCCUUUCCACAUCCACUCCCGCCCAACAAUACACCCGUAAGACCAAAGGUUACCUCGCCGUCUCGCUCCGUGGGAGACAUUUCCUCCUUGACUUCCAACUCGGCUUCUGCGUAUACCACCAGAACCAGCAGCAGUGACACUUCUUCCUUUUAUGCCGAAGCAGCAGCAUCGCCACCAACCGCCAAAGCACUCUCUCCGUUGCGGACCUGUAGUAAUACCAACGCCAACAUCAAACCCAAUCAACAACGCUGGCACAAACACUUGAACGCUUCCAACAGCAAACCGUUGGAACUGGAACAAUCCGAUACGGACAUGUCCAAUUUGACGACCGGUAGUGACAGUACCGAAAUGGCAAACACAUCAUCAUCCUCCAAUAAUUUGAUUGCUCGCUAUCUUCCUUCUUCUUCCAGCAAAGAAAACAACAACAGUAUGCCACCUCCAUGGAACUUUUCAGCCGCCAUUUCCUGCAUACCAGAAGAACAACAACAAGAACGAGUCAAGAAGACCACUAUUGAUUCGGUUGUUCCUGACACUAAGGGAUCCCCCACCAAAUGUACCACUGUGUGUUCCUCUGUUCCAUCUCCACGAUCUUACCGAGAAAGAGACAAUGGGAUGGACAAUUCGUCGUUUGCCAAUACAUCCAUGGCAUCGGGAUUCCAAUCCGAAGGAACGGGAUUUCAAAGUGAAGCCACCUGGGUCAUUCGAAACACCAAUCCCAACAAGCCCCACACUUUGAGUAUUGGAGGCGAUGCCGCCAGUGAUGUUGUAGCAAGUGGAGGAAGUUCGGUACAUCCCUUGCCCAUUCGCAGUUUGCCAUUGCCGCCAUUGUCACUUAUACCGUCAGGACGAGAAUUACUAGAAUUGCCAAUGUCCAAUAUUCCAGAAAACAACAAACAUCAUCGCAGGAGACAAAAGAAGAAACUGUGUCGUGGAACACAAGGACUCAUUAUUGCAUUGUUGAUUGCCUUGUUUGUCUUUGGAGUCAUUACAGUGGUGGUGAGCUUUAUUCUGUCGCAACGGCAUGCCAAGGCGGACCCCGUUGCAAUAGAUACUGCAUCGAACGAUGACGACACGGUGGGUGUGUUUGCACCCAUCAGCAACGACGAUGACAACCCGUUCAUACCGGAUGCCAGCAACAGUAAUAAUGAUACCUUGGCCACACAGAUGACGGAUGAUUUCUUUGGUGGUGGAGCAGCAGCGACAAAACCCAGCAUGGCGCCGUCGGAGGAACAAGAUGCACAAUUCGCAGAUGUCGUGGAAGAGUUGAUUCUCAAUGCCGUCCCAACGACGAGUCCAACAGUUUCGCCAACAACAGCCAUUCCAUCGUCCACCCCCACAAUUAUACUACUAGCUCAGACUCCUGCGCCCAGCAAAACACCCACAACGUCACCGCAAACGCCAGCUCCAACAUUUCCUCCCACGGGAACUCCAUCCACACAAAUACCCACACCAGCUCCAUCCACAGACAGUCCAACCCUGUCGCCCACGCUUCCACUUCCAUUGCUGCACCCGGAUGCACUUUUGCGGCAAGAAGCACAACUUGCCGGAGAAGCUCAGGGGGAUGCAUCCGGAUCCUCCAUGGCACUCUCGGGGAAUGGCCGGGUCUUGUUUGUCGGUGCACCCAACGCCGCCGAGAAUGGACUCGAACGAGUGGGUCAUGUUCGUGUCUAUGAACGAAUACUACAAGCCGAGUGGACACUACGGUCUGUGAUUCGAGGAGACGAGGCAAUGAAUCAGCUCGGCUUUAGUUUGGCGACCAAUCACGAUGGCAGCUUUGUUGCCGUCAGUCAGCCCACGGCCGACAGUCGGCGUGGAAUGCUCACCAUUUACGAAUGGGAUGGUGGUGAGUAUGAGUAUCGCGAACGGCAAGUGUUGACGGGCGAUCAGACGACGGAUCACUUUGGCAUUUCGGUGAGUCUCAGUAAUGACGGCAAGCGGUUGGCUGUUGGCAGUCCGUACUACUCUUCCAGGGCCGUACCGGGCCAAUCGGCAUCCAAUCUUCGAGGACAAGUUCAAGUGUUUGAGUACUCGGAAAGUGAGGAAGAGUACCAACUGAUGCAGACGAACAAUGGCGGAUUUCGUCUUUUGGGUAGCUCCCCUUUGGACUGGUUUGGCUGGUCUGUCUCACUGAGCCCUGAUGGUGGGUUCUUGGCCGUUGGCGCUCCCAGAAACACCGAGUUUGGGGGUUACGUGCAGUGCUUUCAAUACAAUGGCAACGUUUGGGAUUCCAUGGGUGCUCCCAUUAUGAAUACAAUCGCCCCAGUCAAACUAGAUGACAGAUGGGGUCAUGCGAUUAGCCUCACAACAACAGGUACAACCACCACCAGCGAAGAUGCAUUUGUAACAAGAGUUGCCAUUGGUGCUCCGUGGAAAGACACGGGCAACACGCUGAACAGUGGCAUGGUGGCCAUCUACGAAUGGUCGGGUUCCACUUGGCUGCUCGACACGGAUGGAGCUUUGGGGAGCAUCCUGACAGAGGAUGAACCUGGAUUUUAUCAUCAGUUAGGCUACUCUGUACACAUGCAGGGAGAUACUGUUGCCGUUGGCGUCCCUGGUUGGGACAAUCGUCGAGGAUUGUUGCACAUCUUUUGGCUGAGCCAUGCAUUUUCCAACGUGCGCAGUACCAGUGCCUGGGAGCAUUUGUCCAACCCAGCAGCGGGAGAAAACGAAGGCGACGAUUUUGGAUUUUCGACGAGUCUGGCGGUGCAAACGAACAGUGACCAAGAGCCUUCUUCCAUGAUUGUUGCCGCUGGGGCUAUCAUGGUCAGUGAUUCCCAGCCCGAGGCAGCUGGAUACGCGAAAGUGUUUCAGAUUGGGGAAUCCCAGUAGUUCCUGAAACCUUGUAUUGUAAAUCCCUCGCCAUAGCUUGCGAUGUUUUCCCAGUCAACCAAUCCUAAGAAUAGUAGUAGUAGUAGGUGUAAAAUAGGACAGGUAGCGCCGAAGAAUCAAAACGAUCCAAUAUGCCACCAUGUCCUGGCAACAGCUUUCCAGAGUCUUUGACACCUCCUUGUCGCUUGGUUGAGCUCUCCCACAAGUCCCCCACAAUGGCUAGGAUGGAAAGGAUUAGACCCAACGAUAUUCGUUCAGUCAGUGAGAGGCCCUCUGUGGCCAUGCCGCUGCUAUCCAUACUACUACUUUCCAUCCAGGUGGAACUGGCAGCAAGUUCCCGAAAGAGGACCAGACCUUGCCAGAGAAAGGGCCAACAAACACAGGUCAAACAUCCAGCCAUGAGUCCACCCAACACACCCUCCACAGAUUUGGCGGGUGAUAUCUUUACAAGCCAUUGUGGCGGUGGUAUGCGGUUAUCCGGGGCCUGUAUGGACUUGGACAAACGGCCCACAAUCAAGGCACCAGAAUCGCAGUUCCAUGCCACAGACAAGAGAAAGGUGGUAGCACCAAAAUCUUGACACAGGAAAUUCCACACUCGCAUGGGUAUGGUGAGGAAUAAGAGUCCCUUGAGGACAUGAUUUGACAUGGAGCUGUUGUGGGUCUCUGUCAACGAGUAGAAACAGGAGAUUACCACCAAGGCAAAGAGAAACAGUUUGUCGUCUUCUUUUGAGCAAUUUGAAGCCAAGCAGCUCACAAGAGGAAAUAUAACCAAAGAGGUACUCCUUUGAUGUUUUACUAUAUUGUCCUUCUUGGGAGGCUCAAGGGAUGGAGGGGCUAAACCCAGCCAUUCCCACGCAGCACAAAGAUGAAUGAUCUGAAGCACGCACCAAGACAAAAAAGGACGAGAAGCUACCACGCCGAUGAGAGGAAGCCCAAUCACAAGGACUGCUGCUCGUCUUGGAAGAUCCGACCACAGGCCGCCAUUUGCCUUUGGAGGAGACAUACUAGUGGUACUAGAUUUGGAAGUGGACAUGGUUGGAUGGAUUUGAGAAGGUGGUUGUCAUUGAUCUUGUGGCUAGCUUGUGCUAGUGUGGUCUUGUGGUCGUGGCGUGCCUGCAUAUAGUAAUAAUAAUAUAUUCAUACGCCCCCUGGGUCGUCUCCGUUUCCAUAAAUCUUUUAUUACCAACACCUAACUCCCUUUAUUGAAACAGUAUUCGCGCGCUCCGCGCGCUCAUCCCUUUCAGCUUCGCCCCGAGCCCCCCUCAUUCAUGCGAAAAAUGUGAAGAACGCAAGGCGACUUUCAUGUGCAUGUACAUGCGUUGACUGAGCCCCGAAACUGCUCCCUCGUCAUUCAUGCAAAACAUGUAUGUGAUCCCUCAUUCAUGCGAAAAAUGUG